GAGGAGUCGAGGGACAAGUUCUUAAAGUGUAGUUAACUUUGAGUAUUAAGUGCUGCUGCUUUGAAAACUUCCUCUUUUACAGAUAUGGCCACCGCCAGCAGUCUGCUGUCAGAGGACAAGUUCCUCUGUUCCAUCUGCCUGGAUGUGUUCACUAAGCCGGUCACAACGCCAUGUGGACACAACUUCUGCAGUGCAUGUAUCCACACGUACUGGGACGGCAGUGACACUUGCCAGUGUCCAUUAUGCAAAAGGGUAUUUCCCCAGAGGCCUGAGCUCCAAGUCAACACUUUUGUGUCCGAGUUAGCUGCUGAGUUUAAGACGCUGGUUCAAGUCAAAGCCUCAACCCCAGACCCACAACUUCCUGGAACUGCAGACGUUGUUUGUGAUAUCUGCUCUGAGAUGAAGCAAAAUGCAGUUAAAUCUUGUCUGACGUGCCUGGUGUCCUUCUGCGAAGCUCACCUCGAGCCACAUCAGAGGGUUGCCAGUCUCAAAUGCCACGCACUGUUAGACCCUGUGAAGAACUUUGACCACAGAAUGUGCAAGACCCACGACAAGACAACAGAACUGUACUGCAGGACUGACCGGGCCUUUGUUUGUGUGCUGUGUCUCAAAGCCGAUCACAAGAGCCACAAUGUCGUCCCACUUGAGGAAGAAUACGAAGCAGCGAUGGCAAAAAGAGAUGAGGCGAUGGCAAAUAUCCAAAAGAUGACACAAUCUCGGUACAAGAAGAUAGCUGAGGUCGAAAGGUCAGUUGAAGCCAGCCAGACGGAAGCUGAGAAAGAGAAAGAAGCCAGCGUGCAGGUCUUCACCGACUUGAUCCGCUCCAUCCAGAGAAGCCAGGCCGAGCUGGUCGGGGUGAUCGAGGAGAGGCACGGAGCAGCGAAGCAGAAGGCUGAAGAUUUGAUCAGAGAGCUGAGGGCGGAGGUCGCAGAGCUUGAGAGCAGAAGCGUACAGCUGGAGCAGCUGUCGCAGUCUAAGGAUCACCACUAUGUUCUCCAGAGUUUCCCGACCCUGCGCUCUCCUUCAAACGCCGACCGGGCCGACAUUGGCGUUCGCAGCGAUCCGUCUUUCGAGGCAGCGAGAGGCGCUGUGACUCUGCUGAAACAGAGAGUUGAUGAAAUUCUGGAGGAGCUUCCGGAGAUCAAAAUGAAAAGAAUGAGAGAACAUGCAGUGGACUUGACUUUUGAUCCCGACACAGCAUAUUGUUCACUUGUCAUAAGUCCGGAUGGAAAACAAGUGAGAAAUGCAGGCAUAGAACAGAAUCUUCCCUCCAAUCCAAAGAGAUUUGAAAUGUGUUCAGAUGUUUUGGCUAAGGAGGGGUUCACAGCAGGGAAGUUUUACUAUGAGGUGCAAGUGAAAGGAAACACUGAGUGGCUUGUUGGAGUGGUCGGAGAGUCUGUGGAUAGAUGGGGUAGUAGUAAAUCAGUAGAAAAUGGUGCUUGGUUCAUUGGGCUUGAUGAAGGAAUAUAUAUUGCAUCUACAUCACGUUGGGUUAAAUUUACACUGAAAGAAAAGCUUCAGAAUGUGGGCGUCUUUGUGGACUACAACAAAGGAGAGGUUUCUUUCCUUGAUGUGAAUUCUAAAUCGCGUAUCUAUUCUUUCACUGGCUCCCACUUUAGAGAGAAACUGUUUCCAUACUUUAGUUUUCAAAGCAACAGGGAUGGAGCCCCUCUCAUCAUAACCCCUGUACCUCAAACACACUGAGGUUGUUUGUUCUUCGAAGACCGCAGAAUAGAUAACAUUGGUCUCAAUUAACACACUUAACAAAUCUGCUUAAAGUAUUACCAACACAUUUGAAAUGUUGUAUAUAAUCAAACCAUCGUCUUUUAUAUCUGUAAUGUUUUCUGCCCAUGCAGAGAUGUACAAAAGAAGUGGGACAGUGGUGUCUUUUGUCGACAGUGCACUUUUCUGUUUAUGUGUAGAUGUAAACAAAUGAUUCUAAUGUUGCACAGUCCGAUCAUGUUGUAUGACAAUGGCUGAGGUUAUUAGUGCUAGAUUAUGGUGAUAUAUUGUGAAGUUACUUUAAUAUUUAGUUGCUCUCAUGUAUAUUUUGAUAGGAUUUUCUUUUUCAAAAUUUCACAUGUCGGACUUUUUUUUUGUUUGAUGUCAUUUGAAUGAAGACAUGCUGUGUAUACAGCCACUACCCUGACAAUGUUUAUCAUAGUAAGACUUCUACAAAGGCA